AUGGCCGACGCAGAAUUCAGCGAGGGAAUCGGGGUUGGUGACAUGACCACCCUGACGGAGCUGACAGAGGAAGCGAUUAUGGAAAACUUGAGAAUCCGCUACGAUCAACGGAGAAUCUAUACGUUCACUGGAUCGAUUCUGGUUGCCAUGAAUCCGUUUGAGAACCUCGAGAUCUACAGUCUGAACAACAUGAAGACAUACCAGGCCAAGCGGCUGCUCGAUCGGCCUCCACACAUCUUUGCCAUUGCUGAGCAAGCUUAUGGAAACGUCAAGAACGGGAAAGGCAACCAAGCUGUGAUCAUCAGCGGCGAAUCUGGAGCUGGCAAGAGCGAGAGCACCAAGCUGAUUCUGCAGUACUUGACCUUUGUUACUUCGACGCAGUCGCAAGAGUCGUGGGUCGAGCAGCAAAUCCUGGAAGCCAACACUGUGCUUGAGAGCUUUGGAAAUGCCAAAACUGUCCGCAACAACAACUCCUCGCGCUUUGGCAAGUUCAUUCAAAUCCAUUUUGACAAAAAUACCCGCAUCAUCGGCGCCGGCAUUAUCAACUACCUUCUCGAGAAAUCGCGUGUCGUCAAGCAGGCCAAGACAGAGAGGAACUACCACGUCUUUUACGAGCUUCUGCGUGGCUCCAACGAGGACGAAAGGUCAAAGUACAGUAUCGAGGACCCUGAGGCGUACUAUUACAUGAGCCAGAGCGGAUGCAUCGAUCUCCAUGGCGUGUCCGACGAAAAGAACUUUGAAAAGCUCAAGCUUGCCUUCACCGUCCUUAAAAUGGAGACCGAGGACAUCGAGAGCACCAUGCGAACGCUCUCCGCAAUCCUUUGGGUCGGCAACAUUGCCUUUGACCAAGACGCCGCCAAGGACAAUACCGUCUCCAUCAAGGAUCGAUCGGUCGUCGAUCUGGUCGCGAAGCUUCUCGGCGUGAACGCUGAGAAGCUUGCCGAGGCGCUGUGCUUCCGACGCCUUGUUGUUCGCGGAGAUGUGACCAUGGUUCCUCUGAAAGGAUCCCAGGCGACCGACAACCGCGACUCGAUCGCCAAGGCCAUCUACGACAAUCUGUUCCAGCGCAUUGUCGAGUUCAUCAAUCAAGCCCUGAAGACCAAGCAGGCCUCGGCCAAGUUUGUCGGUGUGCUCGAUAUUUUUGGCUUUGAAGACUUUGCGAUCAACAGCUUUGAGCAGUUCUGCAUCAACUACACCAAUGAAAAGCUCCAGCAGUUCUUCAACCAGUUCAUAUUCAAACUGGAGCAGGAGGAGUACGACAAAGAAGCCAUCAAGUGGAGCAAGAUCACCUUUACCGACAACCAGCUGUGUCUUGAUCUGAUUGAGGCCAAGCCUGCAGGCGUAUUGGCGCUGCUCGACGAAGAAACAAAGUUUCCAAAGGGAUCUGAUGAUGGCUGGCUCCAGAAGAUGGACCAAGGCCUUAUCAAGAACCCGCACUAUGUCAAGGCUCGAACACAAAAGGGCGUGUUUGGAGUGAAGCAUUAUGCCGGAACGGUGACCUACGUCGUCGUUUCUUUCCUGGAGAAGAACAAGGAUGCGAUCCAGGAUGAGAUAUACGACCUAUUGCGAACCUCAAGCUACAAGCUCGUCGCCCGGAUUUUCCCCCAGAAGGCAGAAGAGCCCAGCGGCGGUGGAAAAGGGGCCCCUGCGGGCAAGGCAGGCGGCAAAAUCACGGCGGGUGCAUACUUCCGCAACCAGCUAGUGUCGCUUGUCACCACCCUGGGAUCGACCAUGCCGCACUAUGUGCGCUGCAUCAAGCCCAACAUGCAGAAGGAAGCCUUUGUGUUUGACGACCAGAUGGUUUUGUCCCAGCUACGAUACUCGGGUAUGCUCGAUACGAUCCGCAUCCGAAAGGCGGGAUAUCCCAUGCGUCUCCCGUUUGACCAGAUUCCCAAGAGCUACAAGUGCCUGAUCCCGCCAGGCAUGUCUCCAAAGGACAACCCUCAGCAACUCUCUGUUGCCAUCAUGUCUGGGGCCAAUAUUUCCUCGGACCUGUGGCAGUGCGGCAAGACUAAACUCUUCAUGCGCAUGGAGGCUAUGGAGGCGCUUCAGGCCGAGGCCGACAAGAUCAUGAAGGUCAAGAUCCUGCUGAUUCAAAGAGUAAUGCGUGGAUACGUGUGCAAGAAAAAGUACACAAGAAUGAGGGCCAGCAUCAAGGUUAUCCAGAAAUUCUGCGUCGGCUUUUACUUCCGUCGUCGCUACCUCAAGAUCCGAAAGGCUGUCAUUCUCAUUCAGAGCGUCGUUCGUGGGUGGUUUGCUCGCGACUAUUACAGAACUCUGCUUGAAGAGAAGCGCAAGGCAGACAAAGAAGCACAGGAGCUUGCAAAGUCAACUCAAGCUGCCUUUGAGAAGCAGAAAGCCGCAUCGGACAAGAAGAACCAGAGCGCCGAGGAAGAGCAGCAACUCAAGCAGUUUGCUAUCGCAGCCAAGACCAGGGAGCACCAGACUGCAGUUGCUGCUACUUCCAAACAACCCGCUGCAAAGGAGGGAGUGCCGCCCAAACCUGCUCAAGCACCCAACAUAGCCAAGGCCGGACGACCCGAAGCGCUCAAGGAGGGUGCUGCCGCUUCUGCUGUCGCUGGAACAGCCGAACCUCAAGCAGUGUCCGAGGAGGCUGCCCCUCUCGACAACUUGUUCUCGUUCCUUGGCGACUACGACAAUGCAUUUGCCCAGUCGCGGAUCCAAGGGGCAGAUAUUUUGGCUCAGAUGGCGGCCGAGCUGAGCUCGGAAAUCGACUCUCUCUUCACCAGCCCUCCCAAGCGCCCCGCUCCACCCCCAGCGCAGGUCAAGGCCAUACCGUCGUCAAAGUCGAUCGGAAGCCAGCUGGACUUGUCCAAGGGCAGUCAGGUUGCGCCCAACAUCCAGGCUGCGGAUACUAUCGAGUCGGGUGCUCCGCCGGCUGCCGAGCCCAUUGAUAUUGUUUUAGCUCCACCGCCACCGCCGCCUCCCAAGCAGAUGAGGUCCAACCCCCUGGCCAAGAAAGCCAACGAAGAAAUGGGAUCGCUCACCAGCCUCGAAGGAAAGGUUCAGGACGACUACCUGCUCGAAAUCUUUGCCGAGAAAAACUUUGAGACUCACUACAGGCCACUCAGUGCGUUUGCGACGAUCAGCAAGAAGAUCAAAAUGGUCCCAAUCGAGCUCUCUGAACUUCUCAAGUACUCCAAAACACCCAUCCAAAUGAGUCUCACGAAAAUGCCGGAGCGAAGCGAUCUGCUCGUCAAUGCUGCGAUCGAGUGCUUCAAGCUGCUCCUGAAAUGCCUCGAUCCGUCCAGCAAGAAGCAAGACGACUUUUCCAUCUCGAUCCAGGCUAUCAUGGAAUACGGGAUCAAGUUCCCAGAGCUCCGCGACGAAAUCUUGGUGCAGAUCUGCAAGCAGGUUUCCGUGCCAAAGGAAGUUCCGUCCGGCUGGGACCAGAUCCAAACUUUGGGCUGGCGAGCCAUGGUCCAUGCCACUGCCUCGCUUCCGCCCACAAAGGCUUUGGCAAAAUAUCUCAAUUCAUUUCUUCAACGAAGCUUGGAGGACAUUCCCAUGGGUCCUGAGAGCAAGACUAUCAGAAAGCUGUGCAUCAUGGCCGGCGAAUCGGUCAAGAACUGCCUCAUGAACGGACCGCGCCGAUACUCGCCCUCCUCGAUCGAAAUCAACGCCGUCAAGGCAAGUCUGAAUGCCACGUCAGUUCCCUGUUCGAUCCAGCUUAUCGACGGGCAGUCUCACAACAUUGAGAUUGCUUUGACCGAGAUUGCCUCGGGUGUGAUCAAGGAAAUCGCCAAGACAAUAGACCUGAAAGAGAUUGCAGGAUGGUCGCUCUAUGAAGUCUCCUGGAAGAGCGAGCGGGCUGUCAGAACCAGUGAUUAUAUCAUGGACAUUCUGGCCGGCUGGGAACAUGGUGGCUCAUCGAGCACUUCACCGACGGGUACCUCGGCGUCCAAGGACAGCAAGAAGGUCUUCCAAAUGAAGGUCUCCGAGGAUGCCGGUUUGAAGCCAGUGUUCAAUGUCGAUUCAAACAUUGUUCUGAAGAAGCGCAUCUUCAAGAACAUUAACGAACCGAUCCUGGAUCCGGUCGAGUAUAAUUUGCUGUACUGUCAGGCCGUGGAUAACUACACCAAGGAUGUGUAUCCAGUCAACGAAAAGACGGCCAUGCAACUUGCUGCAUGUCGUGCCCAGGCGCUGAUGGGCGAUUGCGACAAAGAGACCGCUCGAGACAAGUUCACCGAUGUGGAGUCGUGGAUUGUCCCGCGACUGGUCGCCAACCUGCCGCGCGACGAGUGGAUCGACGGCAUCGUAUCGAACUAUGAGAAGAUUCGCGGUACAUCCUCGAUCCAAGCGAAGGUCCUGUUUUUGGAGACCUGCAAGACCUUCAGGGCGUUUGCCACAGCGUUCUUCAACGUUAGGUACAAGGGAUUCUGGUCGUUCGCCGAAAACAUCCAGCUGGCGGUCUCUUUCAGGGGAAUCGACUUUAUCCACAUCAAGACCAAGCAGCCCCUGAUGCAAUUCGAUUUCAAGCAUAUCAAAGGGUUUGACCAGGAAGGCGAUCUGCUGACACUAUCUCUGACUCGUGUCAAGGAGGAUGGCGAUGCUGAGACGCUGGAGGUGUACAAGUUUGUCACAAGUCAGAGCGAGGAGAUUGUCGGUCUCAUUCGCGAGUACGCACCAACGAGCCUCCUGACAAUCGCCAAAAAGAAAAUCGAGGUCAAGGUCGAGCUUAGUCUCAAGUCGUUGCUCAAGGACAUCGAGGCGGCCCGCGCAACCCUCCUGGCGCGAAAGAUCAUGAAGCGCACGGACAAAUCGGAGACCAUGUCCAUCCUGAGUCGCCACGGAAGCAAGGCCAGCCUCAAGAACCUCACCAAGAUGCUCAAGAAGGAGAAACGCAUGUCCUCGCGCAUGUCGAUCAACAUGCGAUCUGACUCUCGCUCUAGCAGCGUAUGUGGCGGUGCUGAAGGGUUGGUGCGAUUUGCAUCUUCGGAUGCCCUGCGAGACGAACCGAGCCAGGCAAACACCAAGCCGGAAGAAAAACGAGUGACAAAGUCGAUGGAGAACCUGGGCAUUCAAGCUAAAAAUGCGGCCGAGACCUCGGAGUAUGCUGUUCAGGAAUGGGAAUGCAGCAAGCACAAAAUCAUUUCGGCCUUGAGUACCUUCAAGGAGGUUGAUGACGAAUGGGCACUCAUGGUCAACACAGCCAUCUUGCAAUAUGGCGGUCUAAAGGUUGCCGUAGACCCAUCCGAGAACCAGCGCGCCCCCGUGGCAGAAACUAUCCAGUCGAUUAUCGAAAACUGCCUGGAUACGCCCAUCCUGAUCAAUGAGCUGUAUCUGCAGCUGAUCAAGCAAACCACCAACCAUAUCGACCUCGACCAGCAACACACCUUGGCAUUCUGGAAACUGAUGGCCGUGGUCACAGGCGUUGCCGCUCCAACUGUCCCCGAGGUGUUCGAGUAUCUGAAAGCACAUCUCCGUCGGUAUUCGUUUGCCGAGUCCAAGGACAAAGGCACCAAGUCCAACGAGUCUGAAUAUGCCAAGCACUGUCUCAAGACGGUGCUCAGGACGGCCUCUGCCGGUCCAAGAAGAUGCCCCCCGUCACUCGAAGAGAUGCAGUCGUCGGAGAGAAUGGCCCCGCUGAGGAUCCGCAUCUACUUCCUCGAUGGACAGUUCCGCGCUCUUCCUGUUGGCUCUGUCGACACGAUGCAGCAAAUGUUUGCGGGACUGGUCGAAAAAAUCAAGCUGAAGAAUGCCACUGGCUUCUCGAUUUAUGAAGAAUAUGCCGGAACAGAGCGCAGCUUGCGCGGAGACGAGAAGAUGGCCGACAUUCUCUAUAAUUGGGAGAAGACGGGCCGCAAGGCCGGCGGGGAGCGGGACCGCGUCCGUCUCAUCUUCAAGAAACGAGUAUUUGUGGACCCGCCCGGACAUGUCGUCACAGAGUUCGAGGAGCAGCUGCUCAUGUACCAGGCAUCCGAAGACAUUCGCCGGGAUGUGUUCCCCAUUACCGUCCAGGAGGCGGCCGAGGUUGUUGCCAUGCAGGCUCAGGCCCUCUACGGCGAUAGCCAGAGCACGCAGCAGGCCAUCAGCUACUGGCCGCUGAUCGAAGCUCACGUCCCAGCUCGGCUCAGAGAGCAAGAUAUGACCGAGCGUAUCGCUCUCAAACAUGCAGCUCUUGCGGGGCUAUCUCGCACCGAGGCACUUGGUCUGCUUAUGGACUUUGUUCGCUCGUGGGCACUGUUUGGCAGUGCCGUUUUUGAUGUCACGCAAUCAUACACCAACCAAUUGCCAAGUGGAUGCUGGCUAGCGGUCAACAAGGGAGGUGUGCACAUCCUUCCAAAGCACGAAAAGGUUCCUUUGGCGACAUAUGAGUUCAAGAAGAUCGUGAGCUACAGCCCAUCGGACGACAGAAUGCUCUUUGUUAUGGACAACAAGUCUGGCGCAGGCGAAAAGUAUGUAUUCCAGACAACGGAGGCGCACCAGAUCGGAUCGCUGAUCAAGGACUACAUCGAAUGCCUCUCGUUCUAUGGCGACGGCAAGAAGGCCAGCAGCCAGCCCCGCUCGCAGGAGGCCGUUGCUUCAUCGUGAGCCAGCGGCGAUGGAGCCUGUCUCGCGAUCACGGGUGCUGUCAGAAUAUAUAGAGGGAGCUCGAGCUCCGUCCCUUGAC